UCAGCAAUUUUUCUCGAAAGCCACCUACACACACGUACCAUGGCGGCAUCAGCGGCCUGCUCCUUCUUCCUCGACGCCGAGCUGCUCGCCGAGCAAGGCAUGUCGGCGAUGGACGCGUGCGCGCUCUGCGACAAGCCGCUGGCGCGCGACAGCGACGUCUUCAUGUAUAGAGGGGACACGCCCUACUGCAGCGAGGUGUGCCGCCAGGAGGAGAUGCAGCUCGACGCCGUCUGCGCCAGGCAGGCCGCGCGGAGGCUGCAGCGGUUCUCGGCGGAAACGGAAUCCCACCGUGGGCAGCGGCAGUCCAGGAAGGUGUCGGUCGCGAGCUAACUGGCCAGCCUGAAGAACCAUCGAUGUCUCCGGCUCUCCGGCCGAUGCUCUAACCUGGACCGGUGGAGGCACGAGAUGCAGCUUGGCGUCGCCUGCGGAAGGCAAGGCAGGGCAGCACCAUCAGGCGGCACGAAGCAUGGCAAGCUAAUUAUGCGACGCCAAGAACCUGGAUCAUUGUGAUUUUUCUUCUUUUGAAAUGUAUGUCAAACUUACCCAAUUUGGGUGCAAUAAUUCAUCACAAUUCCAAUUUUAAGAAUCA